AUGGCGGCGGCCGGGGAGGCGGCGGAGGUGCCGGCGCGCAGCCCGGGGGCCCCGGCGGGGACGGCGGCCCGAGCCCGGCACCCGCCCCCGGCGCGGCCCGCGCGGCUGCCCCCGCUGCUCGUGCUGCUGGCGGCGGCGGCGGGGCCGGGCGCGGGCGGGGCGGCGCGGCUGUACCGCGCGGGCGAGGACGCCGUGUGGGUGCUGGACAGCGGCAGCGUGCGCGGGGCCACGGCCAACAGCUCGGCCGCGUGGCUCGUGCAGUUCUAUUCCUCGUGGUGCGGCCACUGCAUCGGCUACGCGCCCACCUGGCGGGCCCUGGCCGGGGAUGUGCGAGACUGGGCUGCUGCCGUCCGAGUCGCCGCCCUGGACUGUGCGGAGGAAAAGAACCACGAGGUGUGCCGAGCCUACGACAUCCACUUCUACCCCACCUUCCGGUAUUUUAAAGCAUUUACAAAGGACUUUACAACUGGAGAAAAUUUUAAAGGGCCCGACCGAGAGCUGCAAACGGUGAGACGAACGAUGAUCGAUUUCCUGCAGAACCACACUGACAGAAACAGGCCUCCUGCCUGCCCAUCUUUGGACCCUAUUCGGCCCAGUGACGUUCUUUCCCUCCUUGACAACCGUGAUGGCCGUUACGUGGCGGUUUUAUUUGAAGGCAACAGCUCCUACGUUGGACGUGAGGUGAUUUUGGACCUGAUUCCAUAUGAGAACGUCGUGGUGAAGAGAGCACUGAGUGUGGAGAAAGCCUUUCUGGAGAAACUUGGUGUUACCUCUGUUCCUUCAUGUUACUUGAUUUACCCAAAUGGGUCACACGGAUUAAUUAACAUUGGGAAGCCUCUCCGAUCGUUCUUUUCCUCUUACUUGAAGUCGUUGCCGGAUGUGAGGAAAAAAUCACUUGCAUUGCCUGAAAAACCACACGAAGACAGUUCUGCAGUUGUGGUUUGGAGAGAAUUUGACAGGUCGAAACUGUACACGGCAGACCUCGAGUCGGGGCUGCACUACCUCCUGCGAGUGGAGCUGGCUGCCCACAAGUCCCUGGCCGGGGCCGAGCUGAAAACCCUCAAGGACUUUGUGACUGUCGCUGCCAAGCUGUUCCCCGGCCGGCCGCCAGUGAGGAAGCUGUUGGAGACGCUGCAGGAGUGGCUGGCCAACCUCCCCCUGGACAGGAUCCCCUACAAUGCCGUCGUCGACCUGGUCAACAACAAAAUGCGGAUUUCUGGACUGUUCCUUCCUAGUCACAUAAAGUGGGUUGGAUGUCAGGGGAGCCGACCAGAGUUGAGGGGUUACACGUGUUCGCUCUGGAAGUUGUUCCAUACUCUGACUGUGGAGGCUGGGGCCCACCCAGAGGCGCUGGACGACACAGGUUUUGAAGACGACCCCCAGGCAGUGCUGCAGACCAUCAGGAGGUACAUUCACACCUUCUUUGGCUGUAAGGAAUGUGGUGAGCAUUUUGAGGAAAUGGCUAAAGAAUCCAUGGAUUCUGUGAAAACCCCAGACCAAGCAAUUCUCUGGCUGUGGAAGAAACAUAACCUGGUAAACAACCGCCUGGCAGGCCAUCUGAGUGAGGACCCCCAGUUUCCAAAGGUUCCUUGGCCCACUCCGGACCUCUGUCCACCCUGCCACGAGGAAAUUAAGGGCCUGGACAGCUGGAACGAAGGUCAGGUGCUCCUGUUCUUGAAGCGGCACUACGGCAGCGACAACCUCGUAGACACGUAUUCCGCGGACCUGGGAGAUGCUAGCGAAGGAGGUCCCCCGGCCGAGGGCCAGGAUGGGGAGAGGGGCCACCCUUCCUCAGAGAAGCCGCAUGGAGACCAGGCCAAGAGUCUCCAUCCGCCCAGCGCGCUGCCUCCCCGACCUCGCCGGUCAGAGGGGUUGCACCAAGGACUGGACCUGAAACUCGAGAGUCUGAACGGGGCCGCGGGCCGCAGGGAGGCGGGGGCAGCCAUGCCCUUUCUCGGGCUGGGCUUCUCCAGCCUGGACAUGAGCCUCUGCGUCGUGCUCUAUGUGGCCUCCUCCCUGUUUCUCAUGGUGAUGUACUUUUUCUUCCGAGUGCGGUCCAAGCGGUGGAAAGUCAGGCAUCAUCACCCGUCCGUGUAGAACUUAGCAAGACCGUGGAAGCGCCUCUGGGAAAACAGCCCCCCAGGCCGCCUGCAGCUUUACUGUUCAACAUCAGGGAUUUUAUAAACACCUUGGGCCUGGUUUCACAUCAGAUGGCACCUUCGGCGAGUCCUCGUUUUACAGACGCUCUCCCUGCAAGGGGCAGGCCGGCGUGUGUGGUGGGACUGCUCAUUGCUGGCAUACGCAGUGGGCGCCUUUUACAGAUCCUAUGGCAGAAAGAAUUCUAUAUUUUCAUUCUUUUAGGUCUAGCAGUGGGGUGGGCAGUCCGGGCCAGUGAACAGAACUUCCCAGCCACUUGCAUCUGGAGUUUACUGGACCACGUGUCUUGUUCCACUAGGCCUUGUUUUGGGAUUCGGAGAAAAACCAAGCCCUUCCCUCCAGGAGGCUGCUGGGCGAUUGAAUGUAGCCGCAGACCCGGAGCA